UUACCAAGCUCCUUUGCUUAGAGCUAGGCCGCCUAAACCACCAAGCCACCGCGGGUUCUUAUUAGCAUUUCCUCUCGCUCUUGCGUCACACCCGCGCCGCCUCAUAAUUAAUCAAAUAUGGACCGUUUGCCUGCCGAGAUGGUCAAAAUAAUUGCGGCGCACGCCGGUUUUUUCGACCGCGCUAAGAUCACUGUAUGCAACAAACAACUCUCUCAAGCGUGCGCGACCGUGAAGAGCGACGUCCUCGUCAUAAUUCAGAUGGGCGGCGCCGAGACGUACGCGGGCGACGGCGCGUUAUGGCGGCGCUGCGCCGACGCGCCCUCCGUGUUGAACGAUGGCCAUCAUGCGCUGAACGUGGGCGGCAAGAUGUGGCGGAUUAGACCUAGAAUUGCGCACACGGCUGCAAUUGAGUCGUUCGAUCUCAGAAGGAACAUGUGGCAAUCUGCUGGCUGGAUCGAUGCACUCAACGGCCGUCGUGACUAUGGCUGUUGCGUGUUAGGUGAUUGCUUGGUUUUCGUCGGCGGCGUCACGGGUCGCUACCGAGAGGGAACUUUAGUAACUUUCUCCGACGUAAUCAAACUCGAUCUGGAGACAGGAGAGGGCGAGAUGAUGGCCCCGCUUCCGGAGCCGCGAGGCGAUCCCGUGUGCGGUGUCUGCGAUGGCAGACUGUUCGUGCUCGGAGGCUUCUGCAGCGACCCGACAGAAAUGGACGAUCCUGAGUUCAGAGAGGAGCACGCGACGGUGCGCGUCCUGGAACAGCGGGACGGUCAGGAGGACGUGUGGUCGGCGUUCACGACGCUCCCGCCGGCGCUGUGUCGGCAAGGCGGAUUCGGAGCGCCGUUUCGCCAGCGACACACGGUGUUUCGGGACCAUCGUAUUUUCGUUAUUGGUACUGCGACGGAGGACGAGGCGGACGACUGGGACGUGCGCAUCCUUGACGUUCGUACGAAGACCUGGUCCACCCUCGAUGCCACAACCAGCCCGCACUGGCGGGUUAGAAACUUUAUUUCGGAUUCAAUGGAUGAUAUCUUUCCAAGGUCACGCAUGUGCCUGGGCACCGUGUCUACGAGGGGUGGGCCGUCGACGAGGCUCGGCCCGGGGCACAUGCAUGCGAUCGACUACCGCGGAGACAUCGCCGUAUUUGACGCUGGAUCUGACGACGACGAGGACCUAGAUAGACCGGGUGUUCACGUUCUGAGCGAAGACACGUGGCUGCCGACCGGCGGGCGCCUGGGCUUUACGACGUCGCGCGACCUCCCGGAAUGGGCGAAGAGCCGUUAUGUGGUUGACGAGGUGACAGUAGCCGCGCCGCCGUCGUGGCUGGCUGCGAUGCCUGAUUGCCUUUCGAUGCCGGCUUUCAGCGACGAUUCGCACGGCCAGGUUGAUCUACUAGGCCAACCUUGGCACUACAUCUGCAGAAUGAGCCUCGUCGUCUCCGAGCGGGCGUGCGUCGUCAAGGCCUAGGCUAGCCCAAGUAGUAAGUACACAAUCAUCC